AUGGCGACAAACAUCGGAAUGAUGGAUUCGGCUUACUUCGUCGGCCGAUCUGAGAUCUUAUCCUGGAUCAAUCAAACUCUCCAUCUCAAUCUCUCCAAAGUUGAAGAGGCAUGUUCUGGUGUUGUUCCCUGUCAGAUGAUGGAUAUUGCUCAUCCUGGUAUGGUGCCUAUGCAUAAGGUCAACUUCGAUGCGAAGACUGAAUAUGAUAUGAUUCAGAAUUACAAGGUUCUUCAGGAUGUUUUCAACAAACUCAAAAUCACUAAGCACGUUGAGGUGAACAAGCUGGUGAAAGGAAGGCCACUGGAUAAUCUUGAAUUCAUGCAAUGGAUGAAACGCUAUUGUGAUUCCGUCAGUGGAGGCAGUAAUCAAAAUUACAAUCCUGAAGAGCGAAGAGAAGCUUGCAAAGGUGGGAAAGUUGUGAGCAGAAAAGCCGCACCAUUACAACCUAUUCGGGGUUCUACUGCUGCACCUAAACCCCAUAAUUCUCGAAGAGCUGAUGCGCCAUCCUCUGCUAAAUCAACCCCUAUGGUCUCUUCUGUCAAGAACACAAAACCCUCUCCAACUUUAGACACAUCUGAAUAUGAUCAACAGAUCACUGAACUAAAACUAGCAUUGGAUAGCCUCGAGAAAGAAAGAGAUUUCUACUUUGCAAAGCUGAGAGACAUUGAAAUCAUGUGCCAAUCUUUCAAUAUCUCAAAUUUGCCUAUUAUUGAUGUUGUAAAGAGGAUCCUGUAUGCUGCUGAAGAUGAUGCAUCAACUGUUGAAGAAGCUCAAGCCAUGGUUCUUAACCAUGACAACAACGAAGUGUGUUUGAGUCCAGUGAUUGAAUCUGUAGAAGACCAGUCAAAUUCCGAUUCACAGAAGAGGAAGGCUAUCAUCAACACAGAAGUUGAUGCAGCUGCAAAUGUUGCAUUGUCUCCUAGGAUACAGGUUUUAGAUGCUUCUGACGUCCAUUCCAGUGGGUCACCUCUCACGACCUAUUGA